AAGUAUUGUUAUUAUCAUUUCAUUAUUUAACAUUCAGAUAAUUUUUAUUUUUCGUACAUCGCACAUAUCAAAAAACUAAAAUGAAUUUUUUUAAGCGUUAUUUUAUAACUAUUACAAUCACGGUUCUUCCGAUUUUUAUUAUAUCAUCAACUGCAUGUCCGCCAUAUAUUCGAACAUAUCUUAAUGAUUUUGAGGGUGUAUCGGGAAACUUUAACAGACGCAAUGCUGUGAUUUCAAUAGAUUACCAAAAAAAUUUUGGAGUUUUUUAUGGCGUCCGUACAAGAUUUUUGGACGAAUACUGUAUGGAAAAGAAUCAUAAUGAAUAUAAUAUUCGGUCUAAUUUUUAUGGAAAAAUUUUCCGAGAUAGUUAUUCCAAUGGCGAACGUGAGAGACAAUACUAACCUAAUCAACCUCCGUAGUUGAUUAAAAAAAAAUAAAAAAAUAUUUUAUAUACAUUUAGAUUUAUGUUAUAAUUUUGUCAUUAAAUGGAAUAUAAACGCAAAAA